GAGCUGAAUAUUCUAAUGAGCAGGGAACACCUCAAUGUACAGCAAUGUGAGGGAAAGAUUUAAAACUGAUAUGCCCAAAUAUUGUCCGACCGCAGCAUUAUGAGCAGAGGCUCGUGUUAGGGGGAAAGCUCUCAAAACAAAUGGAUAUUUGUCUCUUUGCAACGUGAUAAACGUCCACAGUUGUAGCAGAAGCAGGCUGACGCAGAUCAUAUUGAAAGAUUGAUUGCUUUUGUUCUGCUGGGAAGGGUGAGGAGGCUCCUGAUGGACCUCGGGAUUCCUCUGAAGAUGGAAGAAGCGCGCAGUCGGAAUAAAGAGCGUCUGGAGGCCAGUUUUACAUGGCUGUGUGAACUGGAAAUGCUGAAGCAGCGGCAGGAGAGUCUGGUCCUCGGCGCCCUGUCGCUCGGGGACUCCGUGCCGGGAUGCCAGGCUUGGGGUGAUGUGGGUCCGGCCCGCGGCGGCAGAGAACAGGAGCAGCUCACUUUAAGACUACAGCUGAACCGACUCCAGGGCGCCCCCAGUCUGCUGAUGCUGGCACUGCAACAGCAGCUCAGUGAGUUGAGGAUGGAUUCAGGACUCACCUGUGAGCAAAAUACAGAUGAGGAUUUGGACAGUCCCAGCGCAUCAAGCUCAGGGUUUUAUGAGCAAAGUGAAAGCCUGUCUCCUCCACUGCGUUCUAGUUCCUCUCCAAACCUCACUGCCUCCUGUCACAGGCCCAGAUCUGUGGAUGCCUACAUGCUGGACUGGGAGGGUCAUAUGGAGCCCACAGCACAUGCCACCCUUCCCCGCUCAUUUUCUGCCCCAUACCCCCCACUGGAGGGUAUUGCAGAGGGAAUAGAGGAUGAAGAAGAAGACGAAGAAAGCCCCCAGUGGGUUACAGAUCUGAUGGCUGAUGGGAAUGAAAGCCUUAUACAUGAGAUGAGCCUUACUUCUGAUCCUGAGGCAGAUCCUACAGUGAAGAUAGAUGAAGGCCCAACCGAAGAGGACAUCCAGCAGGCUAUGCGUGUGGAGACGUACAUCCUGGGACUCCUGCAGCGGCGUCACUUCAGAUCUACAGCAGCACCCGAACGGUGGCAAGACUUACACACAUACCCUCAACUUUCACUUGACCAAUCGGAAUGGCAGGAAUGGGCACAGCUCUCAGAGGAAGAGAACGAGAGCGAGACCCAAGACAGAUAUUACAUGAACCUUCCUAGUUCUCAGAUUGGACCAACUUCCCUAAGCAGCGAGGAGCCAGAAUCCUCCUUGGAAAUGGAUCAGUAUGGAGUUAAAGAACCCUACGACAGCAGCAAUGACUCCCCUCGUCAUCAACCGGUUUACAGCGAACGCCGUCCCACAAUGUCAGAUACCAUGAAACCACACAUUCACACCUGCUGCAAUCACACCUGCGUACCUAUGUCGUCAACUCCCGAGUCCCGUGAGCAACGCCAGCCCGUUCCAUCUCAAAAGUGGGCUCUCCUUCGGUCCCUAACCAGAAGGGUUCCAGAGGAAAGGUGGACAACUCUCGAAGAGAGACAAACCAAGUCAACCAGCCGCUCUCGGUCAGAGGACAGUUGCGUCUCUCAAGGAUGGGUCGCCCAACCAGAGCACAAAUAUUAUACUGUGGGACGGGACAUCAGCAGGCAUCAUAGUGAUGAAUUUUACCCAUCCAGUCAGCGACUUUGGUGCUCUUCUGCAGAUCUCAGUCAAGAAGAGGACGAGGGGAUAUUCAGAGAAGAUGUGCAAGAACUCAGAGGAAAUCAGUUACCAGUCAAACACACUAGUGUUCAGUUUGUGGACCAGGACCAGAGGUUGCAAGAACGGUCAGAGGCCGCUACUGUGCCGCCCGAUGGUUCUGACUCCAGUCUGAGUGAGACUUUCUCUCCAGGGACCAGUUCAGUGUCCAGUGACUCAGAUGAGAGCGGAGGGCUGGUCUGGCCUCAACAACUUCCUCCUCGCUUGCCCCCUUCCUCCUCCUCUUCCUCACAGAAUCCCUCCAAUGCUGUGGUCAAGAUUAAAGCCUCGCACGCGCUCAAAAAGAAGAUCAUGCGUUUUCGUUCAGGCUCCCUCAAACUUAUGACCACUGUAUGAGCCUGGCUAUGAACAUCUCUGCCUAUUUCUCUACUAAAUUAAUUUGAAAACUUCUCUUAAUCUGCUUGUUAAGUCGUGGCAUAUUGAAUACUGUUUCUGGGUCCAAGUCUCUAGUCCGUUUCAAGUGAGAAUAUUAACUUUAUGAGCACUCUUCAUUCAAACAUUUAAAAACUCAUGGUGUAAACCAGGGGUCCACUUCUCUGGAUCUUGAGAUCCACUUUCCUGCAGAGUUUAGCUCCAAUCCUAAUCAAACACACCUGAACAAGCUGCAACUUUGUAUUAAUCCUGAAGACCUUGAUUAGCUUGUUCAGGUAUACCUGCAACUUUGCAACAAGUUAUACCUGCAACUUUGUAGUAAUCCUGAAGACCUUGAUAAGCUUGUUCAGGUGUGCUUGAUUGGGGUUGGAGCUAAACACUUCAGGAAAGUGGAUCUUGAGGUCCAGAGUUGAGAACCACUGGUGUACACUAUAGUCUCCAUGCUCAUGGUGUCCCAGACACCAAUAUUUUAACGAUUCAGAAAAUUUUAAGGUCAGGAUCAUGAUUUUUCAGUAGUACUACAGUAUACUGUGAGUGCAUAUUAGCACAGUUUGUUGUUUGCUUUUAGCAUCUGAUAGAGUGUUUGGACUCAGAAGCUGUGACGUGCCAUCAGGCUUCAUCGGAUUCACACUUGUUUAUAAGUUCCUCCCCUCUUUGCUUCUAGUUGUAUCUUGUUUUCUAGAUUUUUUACUUCUGGGAUUCUUGUAUUUUUCUAAAAGAUUUGAUGAGACGCAACCACAAAAUACAAAGCAAUCCCACACAAAGCACCCCAAACUCAUUAAAAGAUCAUAUCAGAUGUGUUCAAGGAAUAAUUCACCCUCAUGUCAUUCCAAGUGUGUAUGACUAUGUCUUUCUUCUGUUGAACACAUCAAAUUGAAUUAAAUAAUCCUUAUGUAUUUUAAUUGAAUAAUUGAAUAAUCCUUAAUCAAUUAUUUAAUUAAAAUACGUAAGGAUUAUUCAAUUCAAUUUGAUGGAAUUUUACUAUUAAAUUGCGUAAAUCUUAAAGUUCCCCUGUAGUCAAUAAUUGUAUCUCUUAAAACUCAUUGUUGAUCACCAAAAUGACGUUUAAACAUUUUUUCCUGUGAAAAAAAAUUUCUUCAUGCCUUAAAAUAGCUUGAAUGUAACUCUACAUCCUUGCUUCAUUUAGUAUACACGGAUCUAUGAAUAUGCUAAUUAGCCCCGCCUCCACUCACUCGCACGAGCUCAGAGAUCCACUCGGUCAACUUAAAGAAAUCGCUGCACAAUGGUAUUGCUUUUUACAACAUUAGACACAUAACGGUAAUUAAAAUGAACCAUUUGCUUGACUACGUUAUCCAACAGCUAAUAAUGUGUUGCUAAUAUUACACGACUCUGUUGCUUCAGAGCGCUCAUAGUUAAUGAUAUGCUAAAGCCCGCCGGCAUGUUGACGUGAUUGGUUACAAGGUAGUUUGUGACGUCAGAAACACCAGCGAUUUCAAACCGCGUUUUUGAAACUGUCUUUAGAUCACUGCAGUUGUAAAGAGAAAAUACUCAGCAAUGGUGUUGACUUAUUAAUAUUUGCAAAUGGUUUGUCCUAAAGCAUAUUUAAAACACCACAUAGACAUAUAAACAACAUUAAAAACUUGAUUUUCACCAGAGGGGGACUUUUAAAAAAGGCUAAAAAUUUUGAGUGUGAGAUAGAAAGUCAUACAGUUUUGGAAUGACAUGAGGGUGAGUAAAUAAUGACAGAAUUUUAAUUUUGGGGUGAACUAUCCCUUUAAAAAGACCAUGGGUCUGUAAUGUUUGUAAAUCACUUUCCUCACCUUCGAGUUCUCAGGCAUGCCCCAAAUCUCUUUCUUUCAUUACUAUAGCUAUAUAUUUUAGCUUUUCCCCCACUUAAUAAAGCCAUUUUAAGUUGUUGAUUUUUUCCUUGAUUAUUAAAACUAUAGAGACAGGAGACAAUGUGAGAUGAGAGAAGUAAACAGGAUCAGGAAAAGAUCUCGAGCCAGGUCUCAAACUGAGGAGUUCAAGCCAUUUUAACCUUACAAUGCAGAAUGGUAACAUUUUGCCUGGGAAUAUUUUAACAAGCAAACAGGAAUUACUAGGUACUCACAGAGCAAACUGCAGGAUGAAGAGAGAUAUUCGCUCACCUGGAAUUGAUUCUCAUUAACUUAGCAUUUUAAAGAGGGCAAUUUUCACAGCUCAUCUCACACACACAUAUGACAGGAUGUGCCUGUGGUUUUGGAGGUAUCCUUAUCAGUACUACAUACCACUUUGCCUGCCAUGUCCCAGGUGUUGUGUCUAGUUUGCACAGUACGUUAACCAUUCAUGAGAAUGAAGUUUACUUGAUACAUAUUUUGUAAGCAUGUUUGCUAAAACGCAUUUGUAGUGUACUACAGAUUUUUCAACAUUUAUAGAAACUAAUUAGUAUUUAUACUUUAUGAAGUUUGAUAUUGUGUCGUAUCUUUAUUGGCGCCACCUAGUGCAUUGGAGGACUGGAAUAUUUCAUUUUCUUGCUGCUACACAACCAAACUCCCUUACCUGUGCUGUACAGUAGAAAUACACUCCAGUAUGGAGUGUACUAAAAAAAUGCCUUGCCUAAAUGUAUUAGUUCAGCAUCUUUGAUCUCAUGCCUGCAGUGUAUUUUCAAGAUUUUCAUGUAGUCUUUGAAAAUGUUCCUGCUCAUUGCAUGUUGUUAAUAAACUCUUAUUUAUUCAUCA